UGGACCGGUGGAUAGUAACUAGGGCACACACCCUGGACCGGCACAAUAAAUAGCUGAGGAGCACGCAGCAAAGCGGUCAGGGCUCUAACGAACAAACGAAGCCGGAGAAGAGGGCUGGAGCGUACUAUCCUAUCCUUUCUUACCACACACACAGCACCAAGAGCAUGGAUCGGUACCAGAAGGUGGAGAAGCCAAAGGUGGAAACACCGAUAGAUGAGAACGAGAUCCGGAUUACAAGCCAAGGCAGGAUGCGGAGUUAUAUAACUUACGCCAUGAGUCUGCUUCAGGAAAAGGGAUCCGAUGAUAUAGUAUUUAAGGCAAUGGGCAGAGCCAUCAACAAGACUGUAACAAUCGUGGAGUUAAUCAAGAGGAGGAUUGUUGGACUUCACCAAAUUACUGCAAUUCAAUCCACCGACAUAACGGACACAUGGGAACCCCUGGAGGAAGGACUUCAAACUCUGGAAACCACAAGGAAAGUUUCAAUGGUCACGAUUACUCUCUCAAAAAAGGAGUUAGAUAAGACAAAUGUUGGGUACCAACCUCCCAUACCAGCUGACCAGGUCAAGGUGCCCACAGACCUUGACUUUGAGGGAGAGGGAUCACCUCCUGCCCGAGGAAGAGGUCGAUUUGGUAGAGGAAGGGGGAGGCCUAGAGCUCCAUCUGGGAAUGGUUUUGCAUCUUCAGAGUUUGAGGAUGGAGGCUAUGAUAGGAAUCGUGGGUAUGCCAGAGGUAGGGCACGAGGUAGAGGUCGCAGUUUCCGUGGCCGUGGGAGGGGAGGGUACAAUGGUCCUCAGGUGGAUGCUCAGUAUGAUGCUGGAGGCUAUAAUCAAGAAGCACCACGAGGUCGUGGCCGUGGGAGGGGGAUUCGUGGGAGGGGUCGUGGAUUCAGAUCUAAUGGGCUGAUCCAAGCUGCUGCUUGAGUUGCUUAGGUGUUCAAACGUUGGGGGUUAUUUUAUGAGGACAGUAUGUUGUCCUAUGAGGUUGAUGGAUAUCUUCCCAAUUUCUAUGUUUUUUUUCUGCAGCUGUUGCUAGUAUUAACUUUAGGACGUCAUCUGUAAUCAUUGUAGACUAACAUGGGCCGCGCAUGCGUGGUGAGCCUUUUUGUUUUCUUUGUCACCUUUAGCGUUUCGGCUUCCAUAGUUGUUUAGUUGCUUUAAUCAAGUGUAAUCUGAUUGUUGAGCAGCACAUUCUUUUAUUUGUAUGUCUGGAUAAGCUCUGUUGGUUGAUAUUUGAUACUCUGCAGAUGACUUCCUUUA